AUGGCCGCAAUCGCCAAGUGCGUGGUCCCUUCCAUCACGGGCUCGAGGGCUACCCCGAUCUCGACCUCCGUGCAGCGGCUGCGAAAUGGCACGGCGAACGCGUUAGUAGCCGUUAAGCUCACAAUCGACGAGGCGGGAACUCAUGUGGUCUUCUCGAGGCGUCUCUCCCGCUCCCUGCGCGUUUCCCCGUCACUGUCAGGAUUAUCAACAGCACCGCCACGUGGCAGCAGACGAGCGACCAGAGCCAUGGCAGGCACCUCGCCUGGCAACAACCAAUCAGAAGGUCGGGACAGAUCCUCUUCUUCCGAUCUCAGCAGCGUCUGUGUGGUGGGCUGUGGAGGGCUGUGCAUCGACUAUCUCGCCACCGUCACCUCCUUCCCCCACCCAGAUGACAAGAUUCGAAGCACCUCUUUCGAGGUGCAGGGCGGAGGCAAUGUGGGCAACACACUCACGGCCAUCUCUCGCCUUGGCCUCUCCACGCGCAUUUUCACCAAGCUGGCAGACGACCUGGUGGGCAAGGCGAUGAUUGCAGAGCUGCAGGCGGACGGCGUGGACACGUCACACAUCAUUGUUGGCAAGGGGGGCAUGUCUCCAUCUACAUACAUUAUUGUUGACCAACAAACCAACACGCGAACGUGCAUCCACACGCCCGGAUCCCCGCCCCUGCUCCCCUCGGAGCUGUCAGAUGCUGCCAUGGUGUCCCUGCUCGCUGGGGCUUCACUCGCCUACUUCGAUGGCCGCCUGGCUGACACCACCAUCCGCAUCUGCCAACAGGCGGAGGCCAUGGGUCUGCCAGUGCUGGUGGACGCUGAGAAGCCCCGAGAGGGGCUGGACGACCUGCUGGCCCAUGCCACAUAUGUCGUCGUUUCUGAGAAGUUCCCUCAGGCAUGGACGGGGGAGAAGACCCUGGGAGCUGCCCUGCUGGCGAUGGCAGUGCGCCUGCCAAGGGCACGCUUCAUUAUAGUCACACUGGGGGCGGCGGGAUGUGCUAUGCUGGAUCGACGGGUGGCUGCAGACUCGGAUGCACCCAGUGAGGAUGUGGACAAGGCACUACAGCAGGUGAUCAGAGGCGCGGAGGAGAAGGGCUGCAAGCAAGGCAACCCUGCUGUCUUCUCCUCUCGGCCCCUGCGCCUGAAAUCAUCGGCACAAGGGACAGAAGUUGCUGCCCAGCUGGUGGCAGCGACAGCUGUGCCGCUGGAGGCAGGGCAGGUGGUGGAUACCACUGGAGCUGGCGAUGCCUUCAUUGGCGCUGUUCUUUAUGCAAUUUCUGCUGGUUUCACUGUUGAACGCAUGCUUAUACUCGGAGCUACUAUUGCUGCAGCUAAGUGCCAAGCCCUUGGAGCGCGUCAAGGCCUGCCCCGCCGUGACGACCCUCGCCUCGCGCACCUUCUUGAGCCUGAGCGUACUGUUGCUUCUGCACCCGCGGCAUGGGGUGCGUCGAGGAUGCAGCUGGUGACGGUGCCAUCUGCCAGAGCCGUGUGUCUCGACGGCAGCCCCGCUGGUUACUACUUUCGCAAGGGUACGGGCACGGGCGUCAAUAAGUGGCUAAUCUACUUCCACGGCGGCGGGUGGUGCACGACUGCAGCGGACUGCCAGCAGCGCGCCAAGACCUUCCGUGGCUCCUCGCGCUUCUGGCCAAAACCCACGGAUGCCAACUUCACAAAGCUGAUGAAUGAUUACCACACGCAGUUUACGGGCAUUCUGAGUGCAGACACCAUAACCAACCCCGUUUUCGGCAACUGGAACCUGGCGGUGCUUAUGUACUGUGACGGAGGGGCGUAUUUGGGGUACAAGGGCCGCGUGGCAGUGGGCUCAUCGCGUGUGUUCUACUCUGGUCGGCGAGUUGUAAUGCUGCUGCUGGAAGAUAUGCUCAAGAUUCGUGGGUUGUCAACAGCAUCAGCUGUGCUAAUAACGGGUUGCUCAGCAGGGGGGCAGGGAGUGGCAGUGAGCUGUGAUUGGAUGGCUUCUCGCCUUCCCCCUGCCGCCACUGUCAAGUGCGCCAUUGACGCCGGAUACUUCUUAGACGAGCCAGACCUGGUGGGCCACUUCUCGUUUCGUGGCAUGAUGCAGCGCAUGAUGGUCAGCCAAUGGAGCGAUGCGUCCUUUGACCCGCAAUGCGUGAAAGCCUACCCCCGCACUGAGAAAUGGCGCUGCAUAUUUCCAGCCAACGCCCUCCAGCACACACAAACGCCUGUCCUCGUCCUCAACUCAGCGUUUGACCUUGCAGCGCUGGCCAUCGGGCUGACCAGAGGCAACGUUGAGGCCAUGACCGGCUCCUAUGAGAGCGUUGUUCCGUGCUAUCGUUCCGACCGCUUUCUCUCCUGCCCCAGGGGAAUUCGCAAGUAUGUGGGGCACCACGCUAUACGCGAGUGCGUGCUGUCGUUGGCCAUGGCGGCGGCUGCCGUGCUGCCACCUGGCAGGGCGGCGCGGGCUGUGGUGUCGGCGAUGGAGACGUACCACGACGCGCGCAUCCAGUUCGUCGGGAAAGUCAGCGAUCUCGCCUUUUCCCCGCAGAACGCGGAGGCAUUCUUUUCGCUGGGAGCCAUGCAGCUGCUGCUGCCGCUCAUGCAUGACGUCAUGUCGUCCGUGCGAUCCGCCGCGAUUCUCUCGCUGGGGCGCCUCGCCAACGUGUCGGACACGUGGGCCAAUGACAUCGUCGAUCGCAACAUACUCCCCGACCUCUGCAAGGCUCUCGCCGGCAACAACCGUCACCACAAGCGCGCCGCCGCGUUCGCCGUCAAGGCCGUGGCGCGCCACGCUGGCGCUGAGCUGGCAGCUGUCGGCAGCAGCGGCCCGGGCAGCGUGCUGCCGGUUCUCGCGGAGUGCCUCACCGACGCGAUGCCGGCCGUGCGCGAAACGGCCGCGUGCGCAUUGGGCCACGUGGCAAAGCAGAGCCGCGAGGCCGCGACGCGCGUGAUAGAGACCGGCGCGGUGGCGACUUUAAUAGGCUCGCUACACGACGAGGAGGUGGCGCGAAUGGCGCUGUCGGUUCUAGGAGACAUUGCGCGGCACUCCGCGGAACUCGCGACUAUUGUGGCGGACGGGGGGAGUGGGGACGCGGACGGGGGUGCGGGCGCAGCGGAAGGCGGAGCGAUUGGGAGAAUCGUGGCGCUGCUGGGUUCGAAAGACGUGAAGAUGCGCCGCCAGGUGUGCGUGUGUCUGUCGCAAAUCGUCAAGCACUCCGAAGCACUCGCCAUCCGCGUGGCGUGCGCGGACGGCAUAUCGCGCCUCUUCCUCUGUCUACACGACUCCGACCAGGCGCUCCGCCGCAACGCCGCCUUCGCCAUGCGCGAGAUCGCGCGCAAGUCGCCCGCCGCCGCGGACCGCCUCAUACACCUGGGCGCAAUCGGUCCCGUUAUAGACGCCGUGCUUACAGAGGAGGGCGGCGCGGGUUCCGCGCGCCUGGCGGUCGUGCAGGCGCUGGGGCACCUCGCGGGCGCGGGGGGGGAAGGCGCGCUGGCGAUAGUGGCGUCUGAGGGGGUCGCGCCGCUUAAGGAGCUGCUGAUUCAGGCUGACGUGGAGGAGAGCGUGCGCGGCGCGUGCGCGUGGGCGCUGAGUCAGAUCGGACGGCAUAGCCCGGCGCAUGUGAAGGCCGUGGCGGAUUCUGGAGCGUUGAUUGACAUGGUGACAGUAGCGACCGUUGAUCUCGCUCACGCUGCUUCUGGUGCUGGCAACGCUGCUGGCGGCGCUGCUGUGUCUUCGCUGGCAGCAGUAGAGGCGCGCACGAGAAUAGUCCGGGCUUUAAAAGACCUAGUUAGUGGGGUGGGCGAGCUUGAGUCGCUAGACUCGCUGCUGCAAUGGACUACUCUCCCCGAAGGGGUGCUGGAAGCGGUGCUUCUGCGAAUCUUCCACGUUCUCAACAGCAGCAGCAAUGCGUGCCGCUCGACGUUCGUCCAAUCGCGAGGCUUCGCGAAGCUGCAGAGGUUGCACGAGGAGGCAGAGGCGAGAAGAGCGGCGGCUAAGGCGGCGGGUGGAGAGGGAGGAGGGGACGGAGCGGCUUGUGUGCAUAACGGGGUGGACUAUAACGCGGUUUAUGACCACAUAGCCAUGAUCAACACGUUCUUUCCGUUUGAGGUCUCUGUAACGUACCCGCCGGAGUACCAGCAGCGGCUACUGGAGAAGCUUACAGCGAGUAUGAACGCUGACUCGUCCGGGUCUGGAUCCCCCGGGAAGAAGGGCAAGGGGAAGCUUCCGCGGCUCAAGAUAGGCAAGGGGGGGUACCUGGUGGGAAAGGGCGGGUGGGAGGAGGCGGAACUUUCACCGGGGGAGAGUGAGGAGGAGGUGGGGAAGCGCCUGGGGAUGGCGGACCUGGUCGGGGGAAGGAAACCGCACGGGCUGGCGGGGGGAACGGGGGGAUCGGGGGAAGCGGGGGAGGCGGGGGAGGCGGAUAGGACAGACGCUGCAGUGCCUCCCCCCCCUCCUGCUCCCGCCGCUCCUGUUCCUCCUUCUCCUCCUCCCCCUGCUCCCCCUGCUCCCCUGGCUCCCCCUGCCCCUCCUGCCCCUCCGCCCCCUGCUCAAUCCGCUCCUCCCCCACCGCCCCCGCCCCCACCCCCCCCUCCACCACCACCGCCACCUGCCUUCGACCCUCCCCCUCCCCCUCCCCCUCCGCCGGCCCCUGAGCCUGCAGCACAGGCGGGGAAUAUUCCACCCCCGCCUCCUCCCCCUCCCCUUCCGGGCAGCUUCUAUUAG